AUGGACGCCGAGGAGAGGGCGGCAGUGGUGGCGAUAGCCGUGGGGCUGCCAGCAGCCCGGCGUCAGGAGCCAGUGACCUUCCGAGAUGUGGCUGUGGACUUCACCCGGGAGGAGUGGGGACAACUAGACCCUGCCCAGAGGACCCUGUACCGUGACGUGAUGCUGGAGACCUUCGGGCACCUGGUUGAUGUGGGGCCUGAGCUUCCCAAACCCGAUGUCAUCUCCCAGCUGGAGCAGGGGGCUGAGCUGUGGGUGGCGGAGAGAGGACUUGCCCAAGGCUGUUGUCCAGGCUGGGAGACUAGAGCUGAAGGUCAGGCAUCACCCAGAAGGCAGGGACUUCCUGAAGAGGUGCCGCCCCGUGUCCUGGCGAGGACAGGAUUCCCAAGGGCUGAUCUGUGGCCUGCCACAGUAGAGGAGGAAUGGGCCUGUGAACGCAAGCCCGGGAAGCUCAACCAGGACGAUAGGAAUCAAUUGGAGUUUGACCGUAAAGAAGCGUCCACUCAAGAUAGCGGCAGCAGAAACCUCAGACUUGGGGAAAACGGUAUCAUGAGUUCAGACCUCAGUCCGUUACAGGGAGAAUAUUUCUGUACUUCCGACUCACAAGUCAAAAGCUCAGAGCAUCACUCAGGCUUACUCAGUCAGCAGACGGGCUCCUCCGGGCAACAGCCCUUUGAAAACAAUGGCUGCAGCACAGUGUUGGGUCUGGACGUUGACGCUGUGCAGCUUGGGAAGACCCCAGUGCAGGAGAAACCCUACAAGUGCGCUGACUGCGGUAAGUCCUUUAACCAUAACGCCCACCUCACGGUGCACAAGAGGAUCCAUACGGGAGAGAGACCGUACAUGUGCAAGGAGUGUGGAAAAGCCUUCAGCCAGAACUCCUCCCUCGUUCAGCAUGAGCGAAUCCACACGGGAGACAAGCCCUAUAAGUGUGCCGAGUGUGGGAAGUCCUUCUGCCACAGCACACACCUCACCGUGCACCGGAGGAUUCACACUGGGGAGAAGCCAUACGAGUGCCGGGACUGUGGGAGAGCCUUCAACCAGAACUCAUCCCUUGGCCGGCACAAGAGGACACACACGGGGGAGAAGCCCUACACGUGCAGCGUGUGCGGCCGAUCCUUCUCACGAACCACUUGCCUCUUCCUGCACCUGAGAACACACACCGAGGAACGGCCCUAUGAGUGCAAUCACUGUGGGAAGGGCUUCCGGCACAGCUCCUCCCUGGCGCAGCAUCAGAGGAAGCACGUCGGGGAGAAGCCCUACGAGUGCCGGCAGCGGCUCAUCUUCGAGCAGACGGCAGCUUUAGCGAAGCAGGAGUGGUCGGAAGCCCUUGGCUGCAGCCCACCGCUGAGUCGAGAUGCACGAGACGACAGGCCCUUUAAGUGCAGUCAGUGUGGGAAGUGUUUCAUUCAGAGUUCGCACCUCAUCCGGCAUCAGAUAACUCACACCAGAGAGGAGCCCCGAGGACGGAACCGGCGGGAGCCGGCCUGUAGCCGGAGCGCCCCCCUCAUCCGACACCAGUACCCGCGUGUGGAAGAGAGCGCAGGUGGAACCAAGGCAGGACAGCCUGCUGGCAGGGCUCUCGCCUUGUUCGACAUCCAUGAGAUCGUGCAGGAGAGAAGCCCCGUGCAUGUUAUAGGUGUGGGAGAGCCUGCCAUCAGCACCUCCCUACUCUUGGACAUCAGAAAGUCCACGUAG